AUGGCGAAUCUCCUUGUGUGCACAAGUACAAAUGUUCUUCUUCCUGCUUCAGACUCCCCCCAACCAGCCACUAUCGUCGUCGAUACAAUUACGGGAAAAAUAACCGAGGUCAAUCGAGGCAGAGCUACUAAGACAUCAUUUCCGGAUAACAUCCAGUGGGUGGAUGCCGGCGAUAAAUAUGUCCUCCCAGGGCUUGUUGAUGCUCACGUACAUCUCAAUGAACCUGGUAGAACGGAUUGGGAAGGCUUCUGGACGGGCACCAGCGCUGCUGCAUCGGGAGGGGUUACAACUGUCGUAGACAUGCCGCUUAACUCUAUUCCUCCGACAGUUACUGUCGCCGACCUUGAUACCAAAAAGGCCGCUGCCCUUGGACAGUGUUUUACUGAUGUCGGCUUCUGGGGCGGAGUGAUCCCCGGAAAUCAGGAACACCUCAAACCUCUGGUCGAGGCAGGCGUGAAAGGUUUCAAGUGUUUCCUCAUCGAAAGUGGCGUAGAAGAAUUCCCUUGUGUUGCGGAAUCUGAUCUUAGAGCAUCCAUGAAUGUUCUACAAGACGUCCCCACAGUCUUACUAUUCCACGCUGAACUUGAUGAUCAUUCCGAAGCCGCCAAUGACGACCAUUCAAAUCUUUCUCCGAGACUAUACUCAACAUUUCUUGGCUCCCGUCCUCAAAAAUUGGAGUUCGAUGCUAUCUCUUUGAUUACCUCCCUUCAGAAAGAGUAUCCAUCUCUAAGAUGUCACAUCGUCCAUCUGUCGGCCUCAUCGGCUCUCCCUUUAAUACGAUCGGCUAGAAUGGCUGGCUUAAAACUUACUGUUGAGACUUGUUUUCAUUAUCUUUGUCUAUCAGCCGAUGACAUACUUCACGGACAUCCCGAGUUUAAAUGUUGCCCUCCGAUUCGAGAAGACAGCAACAGGGAUCUUCUUUGGGAUGCCCUAAAAGAAGGAGAUAUCGAUUGUGUCGUGUCUGAUCACAGUCCUUGCGUAGUGGAAUUAAAGAAGCUCGAUGAAGGAGACAUCAUGAACGCCUGGGGAGGUAUCAGUACGCUUGGUCUUGGACUGAGCUUACUUUGGACAGAAAGUUCCAAACGAGGCGUUACGAUUGGACAGAUUAUCAAGUGGACGAGUCACCGAACAGCGGAACAUGCGGGUUUAGGACAUUCCAAAGGUCAAUUGACGGUAGGAUAUGAUGGUGACUUUGUGAUAUGGAAUCCAAACACUGAAUUCGUGGUCACGAAAGAAUCGCUCAACUUCAAGAAUAAAAUAUCACCGUACGAAGGUCAAAGACUCCGUGGUCUUGCAGAAAAGACCUAUCUUCGUGGCAAUCUGGUGUAUGACCAUCAAAUGGGAUUGCAAGGGUCGAAGCCUACCGGAAAGCUGCUCUAA